CAAUGUUUUAAAUUUGCAAACAAAUCCUGAAUUUUGCGUAAAUACAAUGCCGGCCCCCGCCUCGGAACAGAGCCAUCCGACGUGCGGCGAUGUUGUGGUGCAGGUGUGCAUGGUCUGCUCCGCCCCGUUCCAAAGUGUACAGGACUGCCUAGCCCAUGAGCUGCUUAAGCAUUCCAGCAAGCCGCAGAAGCAGUUGCGCCAGCGCCUCAACGCCAUUACCAAGUUGUUUACGAGCAAGCAAACACAGUCGGAGCGAAGCGAGCUCCAGGCUCUGCUCAUUCAGUCCCCACCCGAUUAUCACUUGCGCGCGGUCCUGGACUUCUAUGCCAGUGAUCUCAAGGAGCUAGAGGAAUGCUAUGGCCAAGUACGCAAUUGCAUCGAAAAGGAGCUAAAAGGCAGGGUGAAGGUCUAUCCCUUUGGUUCGCUGGUCACGGGCUUGGCCCUGAAGGAGAGCGACAUUGAUUUGUAUCUGCGGCCAUACGAUGACCCGCCCAUGUUCCACAAGCAGCUGUACAACAAAGUCUCCAAUUUUUUGCGUCGUUCCAAAUGCUUCACGGACGUUUUCGCCAUCCGCCACGCCCGUGUGCCCAUCAUCCGAUGCAAGCAUCAGCCAACCGGUCUUAGCAUCGACAUCAAUAUGUCCAAUCCGAAUAGUACGUACAACUCCAAGUUCGUGGGCGAACUAAUGCGCCGCGACGAGCGACUGCGUCAACUGGGCCUCUUCCUAAAGAUCUGGGCCAAGAAGUUGAAGCUAAUUGGGCACGGCAGCAUGACCAGCUAUUGCCUUAUCUGCAUGAUAGUAGUCAGCCUUCAGGUGCAGCAUCUGCUGCCGUCCAUCAAGGAGUUGCAGUCAUUCUGCCCCCCAGAGAACGUGUGCGGCGUAAAUUAUGCUUACACCUUAAACAUGAUGCCGCCGAUAUCGUCCCAGAUGAGCACCAUGGAUCUAAUCAGGAACUUCUUUAUUUACUACAGUACCGUCGACUUUCAGAAGACCGUGGUGAGCCCGUUCCUGGGCUGCGUUUUGGACAGAGAGACCACUAUUGGUACGCCGGGUGGCGGCUUUCCCGAGUACGAGGCACAGCUGCGGGCCAUAGAACAGGCGGUGGGAGAGCCGGCAGAAGCUUUUCAGGUGGACCGAAGCAUGUGCGUACAGGAUCCCUUCGAGCUGCAGCACAACGUCGCCAAAUCCGUCUCCCAAUCGAGUUUAUGCUACCUCAGACAAUGCCUAAUCCUGGCAGCUCAGGCCAGUAGUGAUCCGGAGCUGCAGUCGCGACCAGCGAAGCUUUAUGACUACUUGCUAUUCGGACUAACGGACAAAUUGGUGGUUAACCAACACAAAGAGAAACCCACCCCGCCAAAGCAGCAGAAAAAGGAACUCCAGCCCGAGCCCGAAAAUCUGCCGAUAACUGAGCCAAAGGCUGCGAAAUUGGAAGUUGUCACUGCGGAACACAAUGCACCGCCCAUUGUGAGAACGCACAUUAUUACGCCCACCACCAACGAUCUCAAGUGCCUGCGCUCCAGCGAGCUGGCCAGUGCCUAUGAAGGCACGAGACCAAUAUGCUACUACUGGAUGUCCUGCUAUGUGGACACCAUCAAGGAUGUGCUGGCACAGCUGUACGUACUGAAUGUCGAAUCGAUGACGGAGGAGUCACACUAUUACAAAUGGCGCAUCAGCAGCUCACUGGACACUUGGACGGGACGCUCCUUCCAGCGUGGCUCUGGUCAGUCAUUCUUUGCGCAUCAACUGCAGCAGACGAUUGAAUUUAUGAAGACACGGCCCGCAGAUCCCGUGUACGCAGUCAAUAUGCGUGGCAUUCUAUCGCUGCUGGCCAGUGAAGACUGCAAGGAGAUACGCCUGGAAGUACAGCCUCUACCUGGGGACCUCCUAGGACUGCAGCGGAACAGUCCACUGACUAAGCUUUUUAAGGCGUUCAAAAACCUGUUGGGCAACUAUAGCUUUAAGGAGAAGGCCAGUACAUGGAAAUAUUACGCCAAAUCCGACCAAACUGGAACUUUAUGACAACCAAACGGACAUACAUAUAUGAAUAUGUAAACCUUGAUGCACAAAAACUUUUCAAAUUGAAAGCCUAUAAGAAUGUGAGCCUUUAUGUACAAAAACUAUUAGAACUGGAAGUCAAGUGGGCUUUCAAUUACAAAAGUUUUUGUGCAUAAAGGUUUACAUAAUCUUUACUGGACACUACUUUCAAAAAGAAUUCCGUUAUAUUUGAAUCUGGCUUAGAAUAAAUUAAAUGUCUACUACAAAUCAUA